AUGACCAUUGGCGUCAUCCCCGUUGGAAUCGCCGUAUACGCCUUGUCGCGACCGGACGGCGAGAACAACGAGCCCUACAUUACCCGCAUGAUCUCCAAUGCGACGGCUGGACUACACGAGAAGUGGACUUCGCAGAACGACCACCACGUGCGCAUGAUCGAGCAGGCGGGUGAGGACAGGGUGCUGUUCGCGAACACACGGCCUCAGGAAUACGUCGACAUGAAGUUCCCAGAGAUCAUGAACGUCGGAUCGCCAUACAACGUCCCCGCCGGAAGCCAAGUGCAAAUGGACAAGGUUAUCGAGAAGUACAAGAAGCUGGCGUACGAGGACAAUGAGCGCAAGCUGGAGAAGUUGAGGAAUAACGACAUCUCGUCCGAGACGCCCGUGACAGGCCCAAAGACUCGCGUCAAGAAGGCGCCCGACAUGUUCUAG